AAUAAUAUUUUACGCAGACACAUGAUGUGGCUGUUGAUUGCAAUCCUGUUUUUGAUACAAGCACCUGCGAACCCAGAAGAUGUCAUCGAGCAGAAAAAGGCUAUAAAUCCCGAGACUUUCAUGAAUGUUAGCCAAAUGAUCUGCCACAGAGGGUACCCCAGUGAGGAGUAUGAAGUCCUGACUCGUGAUGGCUACUAUGUCAGCCUGAACAGAAUUCCUCACGGGAGAGAAAAUCCUGGGAACAGAGGGGCCAAGCCAGUUGUGUUUCUCCAGCACGGGUUACUCGGAGAAGGCAGCCACUGGGUAGAAAAUCUGGCUAACAACAGCCUUGGCUUCAUACUAGCAGACUCCGGCUAUGAUAUCUGGCUGGGAAACAGCCGGGGGACAAGCUGGUCCCGGAGACACCAGCACCUUUCAGCUGACCAGGUUGAAUUCUGGAAUUUCAGCUUUCAUGAAAUGGCAAUGUACGACCUCCCAGCCAUGAUCGACUUUGUUCUGCAGAAGACUGGGCAGAAGCAGAUCUAUUAUGUUGGCUACUCCCAGGGCUGCACGAUCGCAUUCAUUGCGUUUUCAUCCAUGCCAGAACUGGCUCAGAAAAUCAAAAUGUUUUUUGCCCUGGCUCCAGCAGUGACAAUCAAGCACGCCAAAAGUCCCGUCAUGAAAAUGUCCUUCCUUCUGGACAGGCAAUUCAAGAUGUUUCAGCUUCUGCUCGGCAGAACAGAUGCCUCGCUGCGGAUGAGGAAGCUGUGGAGGUUUCUCCCCCAGCUGUGCAGGCAUCCACUGCUGCACAAGCCCUGUGCUAACCUCUUCUUUCUGCUGGGGGGCUACAACGAGAAGAACCUCAACAUGACACGGCUGGAUGUGUACACAUCCCACUAUCCGGAUGGGACAUCUGUCAAAAACAUGAUACACUGGGCCCAGGUGAUGAAAUCGGGAGAAUUCAAAGCCUUCGACUAUGGCAGCGAAAACCCAGCCAUGUACCACCAGGAGACACCUCCCUCCUACCAGGUGGAGGAGAUGCCCGUGCCCACUGCGGUGUGGUCAGGGGGGGAGGACUGGGCAGCUGACUGGAGGGAUGUCCGCCUGCUGCUGCCCCGCAUCGCCCAUCUCGUCACCUAUGGCCACAUCCCCGACUGGAACCACUGGGACUUCAUCUGGGGCUUGGAUGCCCCCGGGCGCCUCUACAGCAGCAUGCUGGAGCUGAUGGAGGGGUCCCAGUAG